UACGCAUGCGUAAUGAACUUACCAUCCAACAUGGCGGCCACUCGUGGCUCUGGAUUACUGGGCCGUUGCGUUUAUUGCGCUAGAUCUGCCUUGAAAACGGCAGGAAACGCACAAUCUCGCAACAUCUCAACACUCAAUAACUAUUCAAGGCUCAGGAAAAGUUUGGUCAGUGCAAGACUCAGCAAAGCUGAGAUCGUAAGAAAAGUUCCAGUAGGAGUGUUAGGGUCUUGCUGUAAAAGAGAAUUUCACACAUCAGACAACUUACAAAGAAAAGAUUAUUAUAAAAUUCUCGGAGUACCCCCAAAUGCAAAUCAGAAAGAGAUCAAGAAAGCUUACUUUGAGCUUGCUAAGAAGUACCAUCCAGACACAAAUAAGGACAAAAGUGCUUCCGAAAAAUUCCAGGAAGUCAGUGAGGCUUAUGAGGUACUCAGUGAUGAUGGUAAAAGAAAAGCAUAUGAUAGUUUUGGACAGACUGAUUUCUCAGGUGCCCAAGGUGGUCCAUUUGGAGGUGCUGGAUUUGAUGCAGAGGAUAUAUUAAAGUCAUUUUUUGGUGGUCAAAGUGGUCCAUUUGGGGGAGGUUUCAGGGCAGGAGGAAUGGAUUUUGAGGAUAUUCAACAAGCUCAGCAAUACAUGAUGAAUCUGUCAUUUAUGGAAGCAGUCAAGGGUUGCAACAAGGACAUGACGAUAAAUACCAGGGUUACUUGUGAUCGCUGCGAUGGAAAGAAGGCAGAGCCCGGCACAACACAUUCGAAAUGUACCACCUGUAAUGGGACGGGACAGGAAACUGUGAACACAGGUUUUUUCUAUAUGAAGUCUACUUGCCGCAAGUGUGCAGGGCAAGGUUAUAUCAUCAGUACGCCAUGCCGAAAGUGCAGAGGGAAGGGAAGAGUCAAUGAAUCAAGGAAAAUAACAGUACCUGUGCCAGCAGGCGUGGAUAAUGGACAGACUGUGAGAAUACCUGUUUCUUUCGGGGAAGUCUAUGUGACAUUCAGGGUAUCUGAGAGCAAGAUCUUUGAGCGUGAUGGAAUCAACAUUUACUCCUCUGCAUCAAUUAGUUUUACUCAGGCAAUUCUUGGUGGAAAGAUCAGAAUUCCGGGCAUACAGGGUGACAUGGAUCUGAAGAUUCCCCCUGGAACCCAGUCUCACCAGCAAAUGCGACUAACAGGGCGUGGUGUUCCUAGAAUCGACGGUCUUGGAAAAGGGGACCACUACGUCAGCUUUAAAGUUCAUAUACCUAAAUACUUAAAUGAGAAACAGAAGGCUCUUAUCUUGGCAUUUGCUGAACUUGAGGAUGAUGUCAGUGGCACGGUAGAUGGAGUCUCAAAGGAUGGCUCAGGUACCAAGACUGCAAGCGAAGAGUGCAGCUGGCUUGACAAGUUGCGAAAAGUAUUCACGCCCACCAGUGAAAAAACCCAAGACGGUAAUUCAACAGAUGAUGAUGAUAAACAGAAGGGACAAGCGAAAAUGUGAAGAGCCUAACUUCAAAUCCACCCAUAGACACACAAGAAUGAACUUUUCUGCUUAAUAUGAUAACAUAACCUGAUAACUAAUUCUCAUCACUUGGUCAGACGAGAUAAAAGACGAAUGGUUUGUGGUGGGGAUGAACUGUGUUUAUUUGGGUAACUUUUUUAAGUGGUAUACCUACUACUGAGGUUAUAAGGAAGUUUUAUUCAGGACAAUCACAGCUAAGCUGUUUGAAUAUUAACAGAGAUAAAAAUACGUAAAAGCCUAAAAGUAUUGUAAUCCGAGUAGUGGGUUGUUUUAAGAACGGGUAGUUUCCUUGUAUUAGGCUUGGUUCCAGGCGAAACCAACGCCAGCCAAGGAAGAAGGUCUUUAAUAUUUUACUCAUAAAGGAUAAUAUUAGAAAUUGCCCUGUGUAUGGUCUGCUUAUGUAUGUGACAACGUUGUGUAUGUAAUCAGCACAAUCCUUAGAAAAGAAUGCACAAGAAUCCUAUGGCUACUUUAUCAGAUGGCCUGGUAUGUCUUUUUUCUUGUUACUCUACUACUGCUAAAUAAAGGAACCCUCAUCCCUCCUCA